AUGUGGCCCGGCCAGGCCAUGAAUCUGAAGGUCAACCAGAUCCUUCACCACGAAAAGUCCAAGUACCAGGACGUGCUGGUGUUCGAGAGCAGCGACUACGGCACGGUGCUGGUGCUGGACAACGUCAUCCAGUGCACCGAGCGCGACGAGUUCUCCUACCAGGAGAUGAUCACCCAUCUGGCCAUGAACUCGCACCCCAACCCCAAGAAGGUGCUGGUCAUCGGCGGCGGCGACGGCGGUGUCCUGCGCGAGGUCGUCAAGCACGAGUCCGUCGAGGAGGCCACCCUGUGCGACAUCGACGAGGCCGUCAUCCGUCUCUCGAAGAAAUACCUCCCCGGCAUGAGCAUCGGCUUCCAGCACCCCAACGCCAAGGUCCACGUCGGCGACGGCUUCGAGUACCUGAAGGAGCACAAGAACGAGUUCGACGUCAUCAUCACCGACUCCUCUGACCCAGAGGGCCCCGCCGAGUCCCUGUUCCAGAAGCCGUACUUUGAGCUGCUCAACGAAGCGCUGCGCGACGGCGGCAACCAAUGGCUGCACCUUUCGCUGAUCACCGAACUCAAGAAGUCCUGCAACGAGGUCUUCCCCGUCGCCGAGUACGCCUACACCACCAUCCCCACCUACCCGUCUGGCCAGAUUGGCUUCAUGGUCUGCUGCAAGGAUGCCUCUCGCAACGUGCGCGAGCCUGUCCGCACCUGGUCCCGCGAGGAGGAGGAGCGUCUGUGCCGCUACUACAACCAGGACAUCCACCGCGCCAGCUUUGUGCUGCCCAACUUCGCGCGCAAGGCGCUCGGUGCGUAA